AUGUGGCGUGCCUCUCUCCACUCUUCAGAAGCGAUAGGCAGCGAAUCGGAACCAUCCCUGCCGGAGUUUGAUGCCAUCAUCGCGACGCCGCAGGGAACCAUCGAAGGCCUACGGAGGCACAUCCGGUGCCUUGUGGGCGCCGUCGAGAAGGAGAGCUCGCUGGUGGCGGUGAUUCAACUUCUCGAGGCGGAGCGGCAAGGGCUGUCGGAUCCCUCCACCACCGCCGAAAUCCGCAGCGGCGAGAACAACAUUCUCUCGUCUGCCUCCUCAGCGGUGGCGAAGCUCUCGCUCAACUGCGAGUCACGACUCCCCUCUGUGAGCGGGUUCACCACCACCCCUGUUAACAGCAAGUUCAAUUCUGUAAACCCGGGGGAGCGAUCCCUGCUACUGCAGCAACAACAGAUGGGAGAGGCCGCGGCGGCUGAGAACGUGAACAGUGUCGCAAACCGCGUCGAGGAGGGCAAAAUGGAGGGGGCGAUGAAGGAAACUGCCGCCCCGGAGGGACCUUUUUCAUUGUCCCCACAGCCGUCUUCUCCCGAAUGCAGGAGGGAGUCACAGGUUAACCACGGCCGGCGCGCGGCGGUGUCGGCGGAGUCCCUGCCGCUGAACGCCAUACAAGGCUACCGCCCGCCGGUCGUGCCAAAGUCUCCUGAGGAGGAGUGCGUCGUCCGGGCCGGUGUCAUGUCGUGUCACCUUUUCAGUAACAUGGACAUCAAGGAUCAGACCAUCAUUGUUCACGCGUUAAGGCGGGAAACCUUCCCUGCUGGGACAGACAUUCUGAAGCAGGAUGGGCCUUCCGUGGAAAAGUUGUUUCUUCUCACGCGCGGCUCAUGCGAGGUGAUUAAAAAAGGCAAAAUGGUGCACACGCUGCUUGAGGGUAGCACGUUUGGCGAGAUGGAGAUGAUGUAUAAUCUUCCCACCUGCGUGGCAACCGUUCGAAGCGUGACCAACUGUGUUCUCUAUACACUUGAUCAGUUCACCUACCAGCAUAUUGUACUUGCUGUCUCGCUGCAUAAGCGGAGUAAGUAUGAGGCGCUGCUGCGCAAUGUAAAAUUUCUUAGUGCCUUUUCAAAUUAUGAUCGCAUGCAAAUCGCUGAGGCUAUUGUGACAAAAACAUAUUAUCAGGACGACUACAUCAUACGAUUUGGGGAAGCGGGUAGGUGGCUACACCUUAUUGUGGAGGGCGAGGUGUCGGUUGUGGCCCGAGAUCGCGGCAAGAAGCGGGAGAUUCUGCGGCUUUGCGAGGGCGACGUGAUAGGGGAGUUGGAGUUUUUGUUUAACGAACUCGCUGUGGCGGAUGUUAUUGCGACUUCGCGACAGGUCACGACAGGCCAAAUUAAACGCAAGCACUUUGAAUUGAUUACAGGCCCCAUUCAGGACCACCUGAAGGAGUACGUUGCCACCAGCGGCAAGUACACGCACUACCUUGGCGAGGCAAAUGCGCAAAUCAAGGCCGAGUUAAGUGUACUGGCGAAACGCUCCAAGCGCAUGGCCAGCAAGGCAGAGCGGGAGAAUACGCUGCUGGAUCAGGUGGAUGCGUGCGGCGAGAUUGUGCUCCCUGUACCAAAGAAAAAAGUCUUUUCUAUGGAAAAGGGUAUUGGUGUGGACCGAAUAAAUGGUACAGCGGUAUAUAUCGAGGGUGCCGUCAACAAUCCAGAGGCGGAACCAUCCUCAGCGCAUGUGCUGUUUCGCUUCCCAUUGAUGCCACUGCACGAAAACUUGUUGGCGAUGAUUGCUCUCUGCGAAGAUGGAUCCAUCCUGCUUUGGAACGAGAUGAUGGUACGCCUCACAGGCUACACCGCGGAGGAAGCCAUUGGUCAACAUGUAUGCUCCUUCCUUUUGGAGACGAAGGAUCAAAAGGCAAUGCAUGAAGCUAUUUGUGGUGCACGACGCUAUGCAGGCGAUACUGAGGCUUUUUUUGACGAAAAAAGCUGUGGGGAUCGUCAGGUCUACACCUUCGCCCGAAUGGACGGCAUAACCAAGGUGAAGCUUAAACUUGGCGUUGUACCCCCCAUUGUCUCUCACGGCAAAGACGCCGCGGAAAUUGUGUUGGUUGUUGGCGAGGAACAGAGCUUUGAAUCGCAGCAGGUACUUGAUAAGUCGCAGCUUUUGAUCGACCAGAUCAGUGGCGUCUUGCGCGAUGGCGAGUGCAGCUAUGAAGAUCGUCUGCAUCGUGUUGCGACGGUGCUUAGUGGUUUUGACGUUACCUGCCGUGCGAUGAUGGCCUCAACGGUGAAUGUGCGGGAGGUGAACAUCCGGCAGAUGAUUGGGCAGGUGAUUAUGGACUACGGUACCCAAUGUGUCUCCAGCGGGGUGGCUGUCCGUCAACGCUUUGAGGGGCUUUACGCCGAGAAUGCGUACCUUAACGCCAAGGCUUUGCCGGAAUGCUUACGGUAUGCGAUGAGUAACUGCGCUCAGCACCUUAACAGGGCGCAGGUGACAAUUACCGUGCGGCCCACAGAGAGUAACGGCACAGAGUUUCUGGAGAUUGAGUUUCAUGACGACGGCCCUGGGUUUCCCGUGGAACUCCUGGACGACUUUCACGACGGGUAUGUGACUGAAGCGACGAGACACCUUUACCGCGUGCAGGAGGCCAUGGCGCGGCAGGGUGGAACUAUGCUCAUCGAGUCUAUGCCUGGCAACACGACUGUGUUAUUUAUAGUCCCUUUUGUUCCUGCACAAGAGAAACUGGGUGGCACCUUGGUGCAUCACGUACAGGCGCUCGAUACCUCGAUGAGUCUGACCCAUCCGGAUAGUGGUACGCAGGGGAGCGGGACCCCCUCCGUGGGAAGUUUCAGUAUUACGAGCGGCAGGCACCUUCACGUUGGAAAGCGGACAUUUACCACGGUGGUUGUGGAAGAUGUUCCGGCGCAUCGAAACAUGCUAUGCAGGUUUCUCUGGGAACGCAAGCAUGCCGUCCUCCCUGCCUACAACCUUGACGAUAUUGAGCAGUUGGUUGCUGUGGUGGAUAUUCUUUUCAUUGAUCCACAUCAGUCUAUAUUUGGGGAAGGCAACAACGCGCUUGACCCCAUCACCCUGUUGCGUGAAAAGGCACGGCGCAUGGCGGUUGUGGUCACUGGUGUGGACAUGGACAGGGCCAGCACAAAGGCGUACCAAACAGCCGGGUUCCUGACGCUUAAAAAGCCAUGCAAUCCUAUACAGGCCCUGCAUUGCAUUCGCAAGGCGGAGGAAAUGAUUUUGCAGUACAAACUAGAGGCUGAACGUAUAGCGCAGACGCGUGAGACACUUUCAAAGAACAGUCGUGGGGCAUGGCAACGCGGAAAGCUACUCGGGAAGGGCAUGUUUGGUAAGGUGUAUGAGGCAACAGAGGUGUUAACAGGCGGCAAGAUGGCUGUGAAGGAGAUGAAGCUGGGACGACGUAAUCUCCAGAUUGACCAGUUUGUGAAUGAGGUUUCAGCCAUGUGUAAUCUGCGGCACCCAAAUAUUAUUCAUUAUUUUUACUGUGAGGAGAAUAAAGGGGAAAACGUGAUUCGUGUCUUUAUGGAGUAUGCUGCCGGUGGAAAUUUACAGCAGCUGUUAAAGGCUAAGGGGAAGUUAGACUUCAAGGAGUAUCAAUCCCUCCUACGUGAUGUGGUGGAAGGCGUGGCAUAUAUUCACUCCAUGAAUUAUGUUCAUGGAGACUUGAAGACGGCGAACGUGCUACUAAGUGCGGAGGGAAGAGGAAAAAUUGGUGAUUUUGGUACCGCGCGGCGUGUUCAGGAAGGUGAAUUGUUGUACAAGAUGCAAGGCAGCCCUCUUUACAUGUCGCCAGAGUGCUUGUCUGCGAGCGAUAGAGACGAGGAUGGGGUUCUUAUUGGUUACAGUUUUCCAAGUGACAUCUGGUCCCUUGGAUGCAUAGCGUUAGAAAUGGCAACAAAUAAACCACCCUUUUCGCACCUGAGAAACAUCACCGGUCCUGCAGGACUGCUGGCGUACGUCACGAAUCUCCACGACACGCCUGACCUUUCCCCAUUGUUCGAUGGCCCUCCGAGUGUGGUGGAGUUUGUCUCCGCGUGUCUUAACCCGGAUUCGUCUAAGCGAGCCACGGCAGGUCAGUUGCUACACAUGACCAUUUUUAGUGAGGCCACGAAUGAGGACAUGAAGUCUGCCUUAAAGGCUUUGAAGCGUGCCCAGCUGCUUCAGGUGCUGAAUAACUUUGUAGCAUUUGAGGAGCCGGAGGAUUUGGAGCGUCGCAGAUCCCAGCAACUCUGCCGCUGCCACAGGCGGCGGCAGGCUGAUUUUUGUGACUCCUGCUUUGGUGGUGACGACUCCACGGUAGACGAGGGUGCAAAAGAGGAAGGGGAAGACGACGACAGUGACCAAAUGAAGGCAGGAGACGCCGCCAGGGCGACAGCACAUCUCAGUCUGACCCCCGUCUCCAAAGUCCGUCACGACGACGGCGACGAGUCCCACCCCGCGCGUCGCUCCCAUACAAAGUCCGGAAGUGUGAUGCGAAGUCCGCUCCGCGUUGACGAGGAUGCCUUUUUUGCCUCCUCCACCUCCCCCUCACCCGCUUCGUCGGGCGAAAAAGGGGAGGCGGAGGAACGGGAGGGUGGAGACAGCGGGAAGACCGACGUCAUCGUUACGGCAUCGAGGGAAAAGAGGGUAUCGACUUGUCCGCGCUCCUCCACGUUGGGGCCGCUGCGGGAUGAUUUUCUUUCAACAUUUACACCAACAGUGGACUCUUUUGCACUUGACAACCGCUACAUCGCCUUUAUGGGGUGCAGCAUCGACAACCCGAGGACUGGUGCCGCCGGGGACUCGGUCUUGCAGGAGGCUCCGCUCCAGAGUCCCGGAACGUUACCAGUACGGCCGCCGCAGAGGCGGGAGUCCCACGCCCGCCACCCUCAUAACGACAGCAGUUUUAUGCGAAGGGGAUUCACUCAGCUGCUGGAGCUAACGUAUCGGCGGUUCUCGUCAUCCAGGUACUCUACCCGGCAGCCAUCGAAACUGGGGAUGAAGAACAUGUUUUUGGUGGAGGAUCUGCAAGCGGUUUCAGAGGAAGUGAGCCCGAAUGCAUUGUCUUCCCACGCACGCAUGCUUCCCACACGUUCACACCAUUCGAGUCGUCACGGGAGCACCCCACGGCAACGUCGAUUUGCCGUUGCACCUCACUUGAAGUCACCCUCGCCAGCGUCACCCAUGCGGGGAACAGAAGAAAAUACGCGAUUUGUGCCGUCCUCUGGCACCGUGGUGGAGGUUGGCCCAUACCCGUUAUCACCAGACUCCCCUGUAGCUCGCAAGGGAGUCGUUUCGCUCGGUAAAGAGCUGGUGUCGAUGCUCCGCACCGUAUUGGGGCUGCUGGAGCGAAUGAAAAAGGUCAGGCCAAGGGAGAGGGAGGCGUCUGGACGGUUGCUUCCUCGACAGGCGACAGGCGAUUUCUUACCGCCGAAGAGUUCGGAGUGCCAAGAGGAUGAGGUUGACAUCGCCGACAGCGCAAUGGUGAUUCGCGAAUUGGUGGGGCGUGUUGAGAGGGAAUUUGUGAGUUUAAAAUCCCAAACUGGUGUGGAGUGA